AUGUACUUCCCCUAUGGGUUCCCCCAAUGCCUGGAUGCGGGGGAGGUGCCGCCUUCUGAAGGACUUGUCGACACUACAUUCACCGACCAGCAUCUGUUGCUGACCUACAGCUCCCGGAUCCAGGCCUGGUCAGCGGGCCGACACAGGAUCAGGGUCGGCGAGGUGGUGGUCAGCCCCACCGACCUCGAGGACGAGGGGGAGCAUGUUGCAGCAGCAUGGUGCCAGAGAAGGCGUCGUCUGGCUCUGGUGACGAGCCGGGGGUACCUGCACAUCUAUGCCGUCAGCAGCUCCAAGGAGGUUCUUUGGCAGACAUCCGGCGAACCCCCGGCCAAGCUGACCAACAUCUACAUCCAGAAUUCGGUCUUCCUCAGCAGCGACGAAGACCCGCCCGUUGGAGUGGUGGUGGAUGUCAAGUCCAUCCUGGUGGUUCUCGCCUCUGGCAAACUCCAUAACACCGACUGGAAUGGGCGGGCUCGCGGCAGCGUGGAUCUCUUUGACCCCAGCAGGGGCAUGUCUGCCAGGAGGAGUGACUCCCUCCGGGCGCCGCCGUCCCGGGCCAGCAGCAGCUGCCAGUCCGUGGCUGCGUUGCUGGAGUCGACGCCGCCGCGUGCCUCAGACGGCCAUGCCGAGCUCGUGGCUGGAGCGGCCCAGCCCCUGGAGUCCGGCAGCGUGCACAGCGUCGCCCACUCCCCAACCUCCGGCCUGCUGGCGCUCGUUCUUCGGGACGGGCGGGUGGUGCUGGCGCGCAGCGCCGAGUCCACCCUCCACCCGGUGGAAAAGAUCUACAUGCUGGGCCCGGGCCACGUGCCCGGCAACUCUGGCCAGGCCGCCACCUGCGCCGCCUUCGACCCCGUGAACGCCACCCUGGCGGUGGGCUGCGCCGGCGGCCAGGUGGCGCUGUACGCGCUGGCCGAGCUGCUCGACCCCGGCGUGGGGGUCCCCGCCCCGGUGCGCACACUGUCCCAGGACGAGUGGGGCCUGGAUCCCAGUGCGCUGGGCGCCACGGCCUGCCUGCGCUGGUCGCCCGACGGCCGGGCGCUGGCAGUGGGACAGGCCCGGGCCGGGCUGUCCGUGUGGACGGCCUCGGGCUGUCGCGUGCUGUGCACGCUGCGCCAGCACGCAGGCGUCGAGCCGGGCAUCCUGGAGGGUCCCGUGACAGCCUUGGCCUGGGCGCGGCACGGCGCCCGGCUGCUGGCGGCGGAGGGCGGGUCCCCGCAGCUGCUGCAGGAGCUGCGCUUUGCGCGCACCCUGGCGGGCGACCACCGCGCGAUCCUCCGCCGGCGCUGGACGGGGGCGCAGGCCUCGGGGUCGGAGCUCCCGCCCUGGCUGGACCCGGGCGAGGAAGGGGCCGGGCAUGCUCUGCUGGCCGAGGAUCGGGUCCUGCUGGUGGGGCCUUGCGCGGCCGUCGGGCGCGGGGCACGGGGCUUGGGGCUACGCCCCGAGCUUGCUCUGGAGCACCUGCAGGUGCCGGAGGCCUACCUGGAGGCCGCCUACCCUCUGGUCCGUGCGGCCGUGGACCCGUCGUCGGGCGACGUCGCCGUGGCGGGCGGCGUGGGAUUCGCGCUGCACUCCCGGUCGCAGGCGCGCUGGCGCCUGUUUGGCGACGCCGCCCAGGAGCGCAGCUUCCAGGCGCUGGCGCUGGUGUGGCUGGGGGACGGCGUGGUGGGCGUGGUGGCGGGGCCCCCGCCGGGCAGCCCCGAUUCACCCCCCCGCCUGGAGCUGCAUGCCAAGGCGCGGCUGGAUCGCGGCGCCCUGCUGGCCACCCUGGACCUGGAGGAGGCGCCGCUGGCCGCCGACGCGCUGGGGCGCUACGUGCUGCUGGGGUCGGGGGCGCUGGACGUGCGCCUGGUCGUGCGGCACCUGUCCCUGAUGAGUGGCGGGCGCCCGCUGCGGGUGCGAAAGGGCCUGGGGGUGCGGGGUUUUUGCUUUUGGGAGGGCAUGCUGACUGAAGGGUGCGUGGCGUGGGUCGGAGGGAGGUGGGAUGACGGGUGA